UUGCCGGAGCAGGGGGUGCUGCUGGGCAAAGCCUCGGCCAGCAAAGCGCUGUGGCCCUGGUUUGUCGCCGAGGACGUUGGGUUCAAACCCUGCCGGCCGGCGCGGGCAGGAGUUUUACAGCGACGCGAGGGUGGUUUUAGCGUCAGCGAGAGGUUGUGCAGGUUUUACCCACGUGCCUCUCUUUCCCCACAGAACCACGUCCUGACCCUGAUGUCCAUGGCAGCUCGCAUCUACAAGCACCCCAGCCUGAAGAACUCCAUCAACCUGGUGGUGGUGAAGGUGCUGGUGGUGGACGAGGCGGCAGCGGGGCCGGAGGUGUCCGACAACGGCGGGCUCACCCUGCGCAACUUCUGUAGCUGGCAGCAAAGGUUCAACCCCCCGAGCGACCGGCACCCAGAGCACUACGACACUGCCAUCCUGCUGACGAGACAGGACUUCUGCGGACACCAAAGCUGCGACACGCUGGGGGUGGCGGAUAUCGGCACCAUGUGCGACCGCAACAAAAGCUGCUCGGUGAUUGAGGACGAGGGCUUGCAGGCAGCCUACACCCUGGCUCAUGAACUGGGCCACGUGCUCAGCAUGCCCCACGACGACUCCAAGACCUGCGAGCGGCUCUUCGGGCCCCUCGGCAAGCACCAUAUGAUGGCCCCUCUCUUCAUCCACUUGAACAAGACCCAGCCCUGGUCUCCUUGCAGCGCCAUGUACCUCACCGAGUUCCUGGACGGAGGGCAUGGCGACUGCUUGCUCGAUGCCCCGGCCGACCCCCUCUCCCUGCCCGCCGAGCUGCCCGGCCAAGGAGCCCUCUACAGCCUGGACCAGCAAUGCCAGCAGAUCUUCGGCAAGGACUUCCAGCACUGCCCCAACACCACGGAGGAGGACAUCUGCGCCCAGCUCUGGUGCAGGACCGGCAGCGGGGAGACCCUCUGCCACACCCAGAGGCCGGGGGCCGACGGCACCCCCUGCAAAGCCGGCGGGCUGUGCUGGGACGGCCGCUGCGUGCCGCAGGAUGCCCUGAAGCCCCAGCCAGCAGUGGACGGCGGCUGGGGCCCGUGGAGCCCCUGGGGCUCCUGCUCGCGGACCUGCGGCGGCGGCGUGGAGUUCUCCUACCGCCACUGCGACAGCCCCAAGCCCCAGCACGGCGGCAGGUACUGCGAGGGCCAGCGUGCCAAGUACCAGUCCUGCCACACCGACGAGUGCCCGCCCGACGGGAAAAGCUUUCGGGAGCAGCAGUGCGAGAAGUACAACAGCUACAACCUCACGGAUCUGGAAGGGAAUCGCCUGGAGUGGGUUCCCAAGUACGCGGGAGUGUCACCCCGAGACCGAUGCAAGCUCUUCUGCCGAGCCAGAGGGAGGAGCGAAUUUAAAGUCUUUGAGGCCAAGGUGAUCGAUGGGACGCUGUGCGGACCGGAGACCCUCUCCAUCUGCGUCCACGGGCAGUGCAUCAAGGCUGGCUGCGAUCACGUAGUCGGGUCCUCCAAGAAGCUGGACAAGUGCGGGGUGUGCGGUGGCAACGGCUCGACCUGCAGGAAAAUCUCCGGCUCGCUCAACCGAUCCAAAUACGGCUACAACGACAUCGUCACCAUCCCCGCCGGGGCAACCAACAUCGACAUCAAACAGCGCAGACACCGAGGGGUCCGUCACGACGGGAAUUACCUGCAGGACAUCCUCAUUAAGGGGACCAUCCUGAAAUACAGCGGCUCCAUGACGACCCUGGAGAGGCUGCAGAGCUUCCGACAGCUCCCGGAGCCCCUGACCGUCCAGCUGCUGACCAUCGCCAGCGAGGUCUUCCCACCAAAAGUCAAGUACACCUUUUUCAUCCCCAAGGACGUCCCUUUCAGCAAGCAGAAAGGCAAAGAGAAGAAGUCGGCCAACGUCAUCCGACCGAUGCUGACCUCCCAGUGGGUCCUGGGCGACUGGUCCGAGUGCUCCAAGACGUGCGGCUCCGGCUGGCAGAGGCGAACAGUGGAUUGCCGGGACGUGGAGGGUCAAACCUCCUCUGCCUGCGACAGAGCCCUCAAGCCCGAGGACAUCAAGCCCUGCGGAGACAUCCCCUGCCCGCUCUGGCGCCUGGGUCCCUGGUCCCCCUGCUCCCAAACCUGCGGUGAGGGCGUGCGGACGCGCAACGCCUCUUGCAUCGAUUACGCCGGUAAAAUCACCGCCCCGGAGAAAU